AGAUGGACUACAGCUCCCGUCAUGCCGCGCGGCGCGUCUCCCCCCACUUCCGGGUUGCGAAGGCGCUUCCCGUGUCGCCGCCAUUUUGGCGUCCUUGUCGCCAUGGACACGGCGGGCGGCGCGGAGCGGCGGCCCCGGUACCUGACGGUGCGGGAGGUGGCGGAGGAGCCGGGCCGGCUCAGCGCCCUCGGCCGCGUUUACGACCUGGGGCCGCUGCUGCGGGAGCGCCGCGGUGACGCCGCCCUGAACCCGCUGCUGGGCGCCCUCGGUACCGACGUGAGUCACUGCUUCGACACGGACACCGGACACCCGCUGUCCCGCGUGGAGCCCCGCACCGGGCAGAGCGGGUCCCGGUUCCCGCUGGGGGUCCCGGGCAGCUCCCAGCUCCACACGCCGCGCUCGGACGGGGCCCCCCCGUGGGACGCCGAGUGGUGGCGGGACCCCCGGCUGCAGCUCGGCCGCCUGAGCGCCGCCCCCCGGCUGCUGCGGCUCCUCAACACCCUGACGGGCCACAGCUGCGUCAUCGAGGUGUGCGGGGAGGAGCCGGUGGGAGCCGCGCUGCAGCGGGCGCGGGGCUGGAGGGAGCAGCUGCGGAAAUACACGGUGUGUUACGGCGGGGUCCCGCUGCAGCCGCAUCUCACCCUGGAGCAGAACGGGAUCCCGGACGGCACCGCCGAGCUGCGCAGCCUCCGCCUCGACCCCAAGGACUUCAUCCCCACCGUGCUCCUCUACUUCAAUGACGACGUUGGUGAAGACAGCGAAGAUAUUGAACCCGCAGAGCAGAAAAGCACCGAACACAAAGAGCUGCUGCCCCAGCGCUGCCUUCAGCUCAGCUUCCACAACAAACCCCAGCCCUGAAGGCCGCCGGGGCUCCGUGACGCCAUCCCAACUGCGCCACGAGACCCCAGGUCAGGCGUGGUUUGCAUGCAGCCCAUCCCCGCGGUGGGAGACGGCAGCCCCCCACGUGCCGAGGGCCCCAUUCGUCCCAUGGAAUCAUUAAGACAAACGACAUGAGAGAUUUCCAGGUCGCUGCGGUUUUUUCUUUCGCUCUAUUAUCCCCAAGAAGAUGCCGGGAGAAAGAACCGGAAACCAAAGUUGGCUCAAGUUUUAAAUAUUUGCCUGAAAGGAGGGCGAAGGGAGGGAAUCAUGUACAGUUAAAAUCAAGCUACUCAAAACACAAUCAUUCAGGUAAAUAACUAGGAGUAUCGCCUCUACCAUCUAGAGAGAGAGA